CUUGUUUUGUUUGAGCAAUGUGCUUCAUCGCUUUCAUUCAGAUGCGAUCUUGACAGGUUCACGCUCGUAGGCUUAGUAGACAAAAUGAGUAUCCUAAACCAACUAGUGGCUAAUGGACAAUGUCCCUUUCUUUUUCUGAAGUGAAAUGCAGGCACGGUCUGAGCAUGAUUUCCUUGCCGUGACUUUCCAUGUAGUUCAAACUUACCCAUGAUAUAUUUCAAACAAAGUUUGCGACCAUUUGUAGACAAGUUGCUCUUAAUAAUCCAAUUUGUGUGAAGAUAUUGCAAAUGACAAGGCAACUGAUACACGCAAGUGUAUCUUUGUCAUGGCACUUCUAGGCUUGUCCAGUUAUUCUUGUUACCAUGUCAUUGUUAUUUCUCAAACGGAUGGAAUCUUUCGAAAAUUUGUGAUUCAACCUGCAAGGUUUCAAGCAUUUGCCGCCAAAGUUACAGGAAGGCCAGUCUGCUUUUUGGGUCUCGAGAAACUAAACCAAAAUCGCUUAAAAAUACCCAUCAAGUUGUUGAAAGGGACCGAGGUAUGGAGAUGACAGCAUCACGCACUUCUAUAAUUUUUUCGUUGAGGUGUUAGUCCAAAUCCGCUUCAUAUUGUAUGCAACCUAAUUAUUUGGGAGGGAGGAAAGAAAUAGAGAAGGUGCCGUGAAGAUGAGUGGCAGAACAAGCAAAAGGAGCCGGUGCUUCUUCCUAUUUUGAAGGGCGAAUAACAAGAACAGCGCAGAUGAAAGGCCUCUCUUUUGGUUCAUUUCCUUCACUCGUCUUCCUAUCUUUUCUUCUGCUUUCACCUGUGAUUGCCGAUUUAGCUUCCGACCAGCAAGCGCUUCUCGCCUUCUCCUCUGCGGUCCGCCAUGGCCGCAAACUAAACUGGAAUCAAUCAACUCCAAUCUGUACCUCUUGGUUAGGUGUAACUUGUGCACCUGACCGCUCCUAUGUACUCAACCUCCGCCUCCCCGGCAUCGGCCUCAAAGGAACGGUCCCCCCUUCUACGCUUGGGAAUCUUACUGGCCUGCGUGUACUUAGCAUGCGUUCGAAUAGGCUUUCUGGAACGCUCCCUGCUGAUCUAGUUUCUCUUCCUUCUCUCCAGUAUCUGUACCUCCAAAAAAACAAUUUCUCCGGUGAUAUUCCGGUCUCACUUUCGUCGAACCUAAUUUUUCUUGAUUUAUCGUUCAACUCCUUCAGUGGGAGCAUUCCUUCCUCACUGAACAAUCUGACCAAGCUCACCUCGCUUUACCUUCAGAGCAAUUCUCUUACUGGCCCUAUUCCUGAUCUCAUCAUCUCAACACUUAGGCACCUCAAUCUCAGUGACAACAAUCUCAGUGGUACAAUUCCAGCAUCGCUCCAAGGGUUCGGUAGUUCCUCCUUCUCAGGAAACUCAUUGCUCUGCGGUUCCCCUCUUGCUCAGUGUGUUCCAAAUCUCCCCUCACCUUCACCUUUCACUUCCCCUUCAACAACCGAGACUCCAAACAGAAAGCUCAGCACGGGAGCUAUACUUGCCAUUGUCAUCGGUGGAACUUCGUUGGUUUUUCUGUUGGCAGCAAUUCUAAUCAUAUGCUGCCUCAAGAGGAGGACUGAGGGUUCUCGCGAUGUUGCGUUGGCCAAGGGCAAGAAGAGCGGGGCAGACAAGCCAAAAGAUGAAUUUGCGACUGCAGCUCAAGAAGCGGAGAAGAAUAAACUGGUGUUUUUCGAGGGUUGUUCUUAUAAUUUUGACCUCGAAGAUCUGUUGAGAGCUUCGGCAGAAGUGUUGGGCAAGGGGAGCUAUGGGACUGCUUAUAAGGCAGUCUUGGAAGAAGGAACAACUGUGGUGGUGAAGCGAUUGAAGGAGGUGGUGGUUGGCAAGAGGGAAUUCGAGCAGCAGAUGGAGAUCGUAGGGAGAGUCGUCUCCCACCCGAAUGUGGUGCCGUUGCGUGCAUAUUACUAUUCCAAGGAUGAGAAACUCCUGGUCUACGACUACAUCCCAGCUGGAAGCCUAUCUUCACAUCUCCAUGGGAACAAAGGUGUUGGACGGGCGCCCUUAGACUGGGAGGCCAGAGUAAAGAUCUCACUUGCAACUGCUCGUGGAAUCAUGCACAUUCAUUCCGAAGGUGGGGAAAGAUUUGCUCAUGGAAACAUAAAGUCGUCAAAUAUCUUGCUCACUGAGGACUUCAAUGCAUGUGUUUCCGAUGCUGGUCUGGCUCCACUUAUGAAUGCACCUAUGACUCCUGCCCGGACUGCUGGAUAUCGUGCACCAGAGCUGCUUGAGACGCGGAAAUUUACUCAAAAAACUGACGUUUAUGCCUUUGGUGUCCUCCUGUUGGAAAUGCUUACCGGUAAGUCGCCGAUCCAGUCCCCUGGCAACGAUGAAAUUGUGGAUCUCCCUAGGUGGGUUCAGUCAGUCGUGCGGGAAGAGUGGACUGCUGAAGUGUUCGAUGUGGAGCUUAUGAGGUACCAGAACAUUGAAGAGGAGAUGGUGCAGAUGUUGCAGAUAGCCAUGGCAUGUGUUGGGAAAACUCCUGACCUCCGGCCUCAGAUGGCAGAUGUUGUAAAGAUGAUUGAGGAGGUCCGGCAACCGGAAUCUGCAAACAGACCGUCUUCUGAGGAUAUCAAGUCCAAGGAUUCCAAUUCACAGACACCGUGACUUCGUAAUUCUUUUGAUGAUCUCUGUGAUUCAUGGUGCUUCCGGAUGAUGGCUUUAUGUGUUAACCACGCUUUGCUUAGAAAAUCUGCCUUCAAAAGCUUUGUGUGAAUCUGCGACUUUGUGAAAUCGUCGAUCAACGUUUGGUUUGAGUUUCUGAGUUUUGGUUCAAUUCAACACGGCCGGAAAGUGCAGCCUGUAAUCCGACUUAAAUUUGCUUUUUUUUUUUUCUUUUUUUUAAUCCUUCAUUUGGAUUGUGCGAUUUCUCUGUUUAAUGUAUGGAUGUCGCCUAUUUACAACAUGCAUGUUCAGGUGAAUGUGAAGGGUAUCAAGUUCAAAUUCUUAUCA